AUGGACACCAGUCAUCUGGGUCAGCAGGUCAACGCCAGUAUUGGCCAGCUUCAUGGGCUGUUUGACGAGAUUGGCGUCCCCGACCAUGAGAGGGAAGCACGCGAAGCAGAGCUCUUCGAGGCUCUGGCCGAGGCCCUGAACAGUCAGGUGCGACUCGUCACAGACGAAAAGAAGGAAAUGGUCGAUGAGGCCAAGAAGAUGAUCAGCGCCAUCCGUCAGAUGGAGCAGUCGCUCGACGACUCGGUACGACGCAGCAGAGACAGCGACCCCGAACUACAGAUCACAUACCCCCUCAACGCAUGCCUCCAGGUCCUGAGGGAGAAGCACAGCCACGCCCGUCGACUUCACAAAGAGCGAUCCGAGCAGGUCAUGAAACUCGUCGACGCGCUAGAAUCAUACUCAUCACACCUGGAAGCCACAUUCGUCCAGAUCCCCCUACCACCCACGGGAGCCAAUCAGUCGAUCCCGCCCUCGUUUGACCUGUCGCUGAGCUACGUCGACAAGCUAGACGCCGAAUUCACGCGCGUAUACGACGAGUAUGAGAGGCGCAUCCUGACUGUGCAGCAGCUGUCCGAGGGCAUCAUCUCGCUGUGGGCCGAGCUGGGCGUGCCCCAGGCCCAGCAGGAUGGCGCCGUCGUCAAGUACUACCGCGACCAGCCCGAGCAGCUGGGUCUGCACGAGCAGGACAUUGCCCGGCUGCGGUCCGUCUACGACCGCCUGCGCGCCGACAAGGACAAGCGCGAGAAGCGCCUGCAGGACCUCAGGAUGGCCGUCGAGUCGCUGUGGGCCAAGCUCGAGGUCGACGCCUCCGAGACAAAGGCCUUUGUCAACGCCAACCGCGGCUGUGGCCUCCGCCAGAUCAACCAGUUCGAGGACGAGCUGGCCCGUCUCAACGAGCUCAAGCGCCAGAACAUGCACCUGUUCGUCGAGGACGCCCGCGUCAAGCUGCAGGAGCUCUGGGACUCCCUCUACUUCUCCGAGGACGAGAUGCUCGAGUUCACCCCGGCCUUCUCCGACGUCUACAGCGACGCCCUCCUCGAGGCCCACGAGCGCGAGGUUGCCAGGCUGGAGACGCUGCGCGACCAGCGAGCUCCCGUCCUCGACCUUGUCCGCCGCUACAUGUCCCUCAUCCAGGAGCGCGACGACCUUGCCACCUCGAGCCAGGACGCAUCGCGCCUCAUGUCCCGCGGCCAAAAGGGCGAGAAGCGUGACCCGGGAAAGCUCCUUCGCGAAGAGAAGAUGCGCAAGCGCAUCGCCAAGGAGCUGCCCAAGGUCAAAGCCGAGCUGCGCAAGCUACUCGAGAAGUGGGAAGACGAAUACGACCGCCCCUUCCUCGUCCACGGAGAACGCUACCUCGACGACUUGGAGUCCGAGGACGGCAGCAGGACGUCGGUGUCGGGAGCCAAGAGGCCCGGCACCUCUCACGGCGGUCCGCCUCUCCAGCGAUCCAAGACGCCCGGUGCUGGCGCCAACGCACCCACCUCGGUCAGCAAGCCGCCCAGGUCUGUGCCCUCGAGAGACAACGGCACCAAGUCGGCACCGCCGGGACGCGCGGGUGCCAAGACGCCCACGGCUGGCACGAGGUCCAUCGCCGGCGUUGGCGCCACAGCCGCGGCGGGCGCCACUGGCAGGAAGACGCCCGCAAGGUCUAACACGACGGGAUCGACAACAGCAGCAGCAGUGAACGGCAGGGGCAGUCCUAGUAGGAUCCCCGCACGAGCGCCGCUGUCGAACCUCAAGCACGGACAGAACCCGUCCGACCGGCCCAAGGCAGCCAACGGCGACACGACGCAGUCUCAGGCACAGGCACAGGGUCUCCGCAGCGGUGCUCUCAUGAGGGCACCGCCCCCCAAGAUGCGCGACCUCACGCGCGUUCCCGAGCUCGAGACGCCCGCCAACCCGUACGAUAGCGCGGGCCUGAGGGGCGGCAGCAGCGGCAACGGCAGCAUCAUCCGUGCCGUGGAGUCCGAGGACCCGUACGAAGACGACGUCUCGCACCAGCACUACCGGUCCACCUCGGACCUGUCGUAUCAGAGCAGCAGCCACCACCACCAGCACCACCAGCACCCUAGUUACUACCUCGACGAGGACGACCUGGAGGACGACAUGGACAACUGCGUCGAGGUGUACGACGGCAACCGCAACGCCAUCUACAAGGACGACGUGUACGGCGGCGGGGGCACGGUGCGGCCAUCGUCGUCGCGCACGGGACCCCCCUCGUCCCGUCAUAUGUCGGCCACGUCGCACUCAUCGGCGGGCUGCACGUCUAGCAUGUCGGGAGUGUCGUCGGCCAUCACGUCGGGCUCGGAGAACUGGGAGACGUUUGACGACAACAGCGAGCCCGAACGGGACGCCUCGGACGCGUACUACGCCAAGCUCAAGGCCACGCGCAACAGGAGACUGGAGAAUACCGCCGGCGGUGGUGGCGCGGCCAGCUCAGAGGUCCAGUGCGGCAUUCGCGGGAUCCCACCAUCGCCGGAGUCGCAGCAGCAUUACGGGUACCAUCAGAAGCGGCAGUAUAUGGACGGAAGUCGGAUCGUCUCGGCGAGUGGAUGGACUGACGAGGAUGGAUUCUGA